AGGGAGGUGUGUAAAGCACAGGAAAGGACAAACUUGACCACAACCUGAGGAAAGCCGCUCCAAGGGCACAGAGCACAUACGCCUGAGCGCAGAAGAAAUUCACUGCCUCACUGACUCAAACCAAAGUCAUAGCUUUCCUUUGCUCCAUUGGUUUAGGCUCACACUGCCCUAAAAAGGCAUCCGAUGGUUGCCACGGGUGCAGACACCCUCUAGGCCUGUGUGGGACUUUAAACAACAAAAGCAGAACACAGAGAUGGCUGAGGCACAUCAGGCGGUAGGCUUCCAGUUCACUGUGCGCCCAGAUGGUGUGGACUUUAAACUGAGCCAAGAAGUCAUCAAAAAUAUCUACCUAUCAGGAGUGACAGCAUGGAAGAAGAAAGCCAUUCAAUUCAAGAAUGGUGUAUUGGCAGGAGUCUACCCUGCCAGUCCAUCCAGUUGGCUAAUAGUUGUGAUUGCCAUGAUGAGCUCUUUAUAUAUCCACAUAGACCCGUCUCUGGGAAUGAUGGAUGCCAUCAAGGAAAACCUACCAUAUCGAGACUGCAUGUCAGUACAGACACGAGCAGUCCUGAGUGCCAUCCUGUUUGCCACAGGACUGUGGCUGUUCCUCAUCUACCUCCUGAGAUACACUCUUAAAGCUUUGCUGUCCUAUCAUGGAUGGAUUUUUGAGUCCCAUGGAAAAAUGAGUACAUCAACUAAAGUGUGGCUGUGCCUGGUAAAGAUGUUUUCUGGACGCAGACCCUUGCUCUACAGUUUCCAGGCCUCCUUACCCAGGCUUCCUGUGCCCAGUGUGGAUGAUACAAUUCACAGGUACCUUGAGUCAGUUCGACCUCUGCUGGACAAUGAGCAGUACAAUAAAAUGGAACUUUUGGCCAGUGAUUUUAAAGAAAACAAAGCAGCCCAACUGCAGAGAUGCCUAAUCUUAAAAUCAUGGUGGGCAACAAAUUAUGUAAGUGACUGGUGGGAGGAGUACAUUUACCUCAGGGGCAGGAGUCCUAUCAUGGUCAACAGUAACUUCUAUAUAAUGGACCUCUUGUAUGUGACCCCAACACACCGUCAGGCUGCAAGAGCAGGAAAUGUGGUACAUGCCAUGUUGCAAUACAGACGCAAACUGGAACGUGGUGAACUUGCACCGCUGAGGGCUUUGGGGACUGUUCCUAUGUGUUCUACUCAGAUGGAGAGGAUGUUUAACACCACUCGUAUUCCUGGCAUUGAAACAGAUUUUGUGCAGCACCUGACUGAUCGGAAACACCUGGUUGUCUUCCACAAGGGUCGGUUCUUCCAGGUGUGGCUUUACACUGGAGGGCGUCACCUUUUGCCCAGUGAACUUGAGACACAGUUUCAAAGGAUUCUCAAUGAUACAUCAGAACCUCAACCAGGAGAACUCAAACUAGCUGCCCUGACAGCGGGAUACAGGGUUCCAUGGGCUCAGGCUCGGAUAAAAUAUUUUAGCCAGGGCAUAAACAAAGUAUCCCUGGAUGCAAUCGAGUCAGCUGCCUUCUUCCUGACACUGGAUGAUGAGCCACAGGGUUAUGAUCCUGCAAAGAGCAACUCACUUGAUAGCUACGCCAAGUCCCUGCUGCAUGGAAAAUGUUAUGACAGGUGGUUUGACAAAUCUUUUACAUUGAUCUCUUAUCCAAAUGGAAAAAUGGGUGUAAAUGUUGAACAUUCUUGGGCUGAUGCACCAAUUGUAGGACACAUGUGGGAGUAUAUUCUAGCAACAGACUGCUUCCAUCUUGGAUACACUGAGGAGGGACACUGUAAAGGGGAUGUGAACAAAAACCUGCCUCAUCCCACUCGACUACAAUGGCAGAUUCCAAAUGAGUGCCAAAAUGUCAUUGAAACAUCAUACCUCUCAGCCAAGCAGAUAGCUGACGAUGUGGACUUCCAUGGCUAUCUGUUUGCUGAGUUUGGGAAAGGCCUGAUCAAGAAGUGCAGGACAAGCCCUGAUGCCUUUAUUCAGCUGGCCUUGCAGCUGGCCCAGUUUAGGGACCAGCGUGUGUUCUGUCUGACGUACGAGUCAUCGAUGACACGUAUGUUCAGAGAUGGGCGGACAGAGACAGUACGCUCCUGCACUUCUGAGGCGGUCGCAUUCGUCAGAGCCAUGGAGGACGCUGGUGCGACGAAUGCCCAGAGACUUGCCCUGUUUCGGAAAGCAGCAGAAAAGCACCAAAACAUGUAUCGUCUGGCCAUGACUGGUUCUGGGAUCGAUCGUCACCUUUUCUGUCUCUAUAUAGUAUCUAAAUACCUUGGUGUCGACUCACCAUUUCUUACAAAGGUGCUUUCGGAGCCCUGGAAGUUGUCCACCAGCCAGACUCCACAGCAGCAGCUUAAUUUAGUUGACAUCAACAAGUUCCCGAAAUAUGUGGGUGGUGGAGGUGGAUUUGGCCCUGUGGCUGACGAUGGUUAUGGUGUGUCUUAUAUCAUUGUUGGGGAAAACCUCAUUACAUUCCACAUCUCCAGCAAGUUCUCCAGUCCUGACACAGACUCAUAUCGGUUUGGUCUGCAUAUUCGAAAGGCCAUGCUUGACAUCCAAGCUCUUUUCAAGCCUGAAAAUGAUAAGACAGCACAGAAUGCAAAGUAUGUCCAUCUGGAAAAUGGGAAAAAGCACAUAUAACAGAGAGUGUGGGAGGAUAUGUUGGAUUUGGAGCACAUACUGCCUGUGACUCAGUCUUCAUUCAUAAAAGUAAAACAAGGUUCUGGUGACAGGAUGGGCUGCUGUGGUGAGUCACAGUACAGGAGCUUGGCAUUCCUCAGACAAAAGCAAUAUUUAUUACACAUCUAUGUUUUUCCUGUUUAUAUUUGGGGGAAACAAAUGUCAUUUGUUUUACACAAUAGGUCCUCACAUACACGUACCACACUCACUGUAUAUAAAGCCAAUGUAAUGUAAAUAAAGCUACAAUAUGUAUUUAUUCAUGAUCUUAUGAAAGCUGUAAAUAUAUCUGCCAAAAGAAUGUGUUCCUGUAUUUGCAGAUCUAAAUUAUUUGUUAUGUGCCGGUAUUUAAGAAUUUGCUGUUGAUUUUAAGGCGGCUGUCAUUUGUGAUUAAAAAUAUAACACAUGCAACUAAUGCAUAACUAGUGCAGUCAUCAUCAGGGAUUUCUGUGGCACUGCUGUGGAAGAUUGGAAAAUCCAGUUUGAUCAUUACAUCAGCUGUGUGUGUGUGUGUGUGUGUGUGUGUGUGUGUGUGUGUGUGUGUGUGUGUGUGUGUGUGUGUGUGUAUAGAUAUAUGACUGAAAGAGGCAUGACAGAGCAGCACUGCACUGAUGGGUCAUAGUGAGAGCUGUGGGAAAUUUGCUGUCAAAAUUGGGAUAACAUAAAGUAUUGUGCAGAAGUCUUGAACCAGCCUAAUUUCUUUGUAUUUGGCUUCCAAGGACCCAGAUGUUCUUAUAAUUAUUUAAAGUAGUCUAGAGCUCUGAAAGCUUUCUGAAGAUCGUUCAAAGUUUUUCUGUGGACACUGGCUGCUUUUUCACUACGUUUCUGUACAGUACUUGUACCUGACUAGUCUUUGUUUUGGGUUGGUUUUUUUUGGUUUGUUAAGCGACAUAAAACUGAUGUAUGAUUCAUUCAAGCAUAAAAAGGCGCCCAACUCGAGGUAUGAACCAGUGUUGUGUAAACAUACAACAGAAAAGUUAGCAAAGAACCAAUAUUAAAUCAUAAUAAAGCAUUUUGUUACUAACAGUUCGUUGCAAAAACAUGCAAUUUGUUCCCAUUACUGUAGGUAAAUCUACAAAAAUUGCCCAAGAAAAUAAAAAACUAUCCAAAGCAGAUGAAUAGUAUCUGAAAUUCAUGUCUUUAUUGUAUAAAAGAAUUGGCGGGCAGGCACUACCACUCAUGCAUUGGUCUCCCCAGUGUCCAGACCUCAGCAUCAUUGAAGCAGUGUAAGAACAGAAUGCAGUCAACAUCUAAAGAAGAGCUUUGAAUGUCCUUUAAGAAAACUGGAAAAGUAUUCCUGAAGACUACUUAAAGAAAUUACAACAAACUUUAAGAGUUCAUGCUGUGUUAAAGAAUAAAAGUGAUCAUACCAAAUGUUGACUUUCAAACUUGUUACAAUUGUAUAAACUCUAUUUUUGUCUCAUUUACUGUAUUCAGAUUAAUUCUUGAACGUUUCAAUAACUCGCUGCAGCUAUUUCCCAAUUCCUUUGCAAAAUAUGAGGAAAUGAAGGGUGACUCAAGAUUUUUGCAGUUUUGUAUUCCUAUUCAUUACAGAAUAAAACGAGUACUUGUGCUUUUAAAUACACUAACAACAGA